UGUCUUAUCCACUCUCCAUUAUAGGUUGUCUUUGGUUGCAGUUUCGUUGUCCCUUUCACAAACGUUUUGCUUUUGGAAGCAAAAGUUAAAAAUCUUUAAGUUUUGCCUUUGUAUUUGGAGCCGGUAUUUGAAAAACCAUCUCUAACGGCAGCUAUAAGUCAAAUUUUGUAUAAUAUCAUGAACUAAAUUCACGAUCCAAAAAAGAGAAAAGCAAUCAAAUCCAAAGAAAAGGAGCUUGGUGUCGAAGAGAGGUUGAACAAUGUCCAAAAGUAUGUUAAAGGCAGUUGGGUGCCUUACACGUUACAUUCAUUGCCCCUUUUUAAGUGUCCUUUUAUUCGCAUAGUUUCAAAUUCCUUUUCUUUCACAAUACAAAAUAUGCUAGCUUUAUUCUUCUUGUAAGUUUCACUCUGUUUUAUCACAUAUAUCUUCACAUUCAAUCUAUAUACCUUUGAAAAGAUCGUAAUGGGGAAUUGUCCUAGACUCUCUUCUCCAACAGAUGUCUCCAAAAGAAAGAAGGCUUUGCCAAUCGAAACCCCCUUCAAACUUCCCUCUCCCUUACCAACAUGGCCGCCAGGUGAAGGGUUUGCAGGUGGGACUAUUGAUCUUGGUGGAAUACAUGUGCGCCAGAUAUCAUCUUUUACAAAAGUAUGGGUAACUCACGAAGGCGGGCCAGAUAAUCUUGGGGCUACUUUUUUUGAACCAUCGUCAAUACCAGAAGGGUACUAUAUGCUAGGCUGCUAUGCCCAACCCAACAACAGGUUGCGUUUUGGGUGGGUUCUUGCAGCCAAAGAUGACACGGGUGGGGCUUUACUAAAACAGCCCAUUGAUUACACCCUUGUUUGGAGCAGUGAGUCUUUGAAAAUCAAGCAAGAUGGCAAUUGUUACGUUUGGUUGCCCAUAGCUCCAGAAGGAUACCAGGCUGUCGGCUAUGUCGUCAUGAACACUAAGGACAAGCCUUCCCUGGAGAAAAUACGUUGCGUUCGAUCUGAUUUUACUGAUCAAAGCGAGAAUUCUGCGUGGAUUUGGGGACCGGGUAAGGAAAUCAAUUCAAAAGAAUUCAAUAUUUUCAGUUUAAGGCCCAUCAAUAGAGGAUCUCAAGACAUGGGUGUUUGGGUGGGCACAUUUGUAGCCCAAAAUCCUAAUAAUGGCUCCCCUGCUCCUCUACCUGGUUUGAAAAAUGUCAAGUCUAAUUUAUCUUGCAUGCCUAAUCUACGCCAAAUUGAGACAUUAUUUCAAGCUUACUCUCCUUGGAUUUAUUUCCAUCAUGAUGAAGCUUACCUCCCAUCGUCCGUCAAAUGGUUUUUUGUCAAUGGGGCAUUACUAUACACAAAGGGAGAAGUGUCGAAACCAGUUUCAAUAGACCCAACGGGUUCAAACCUUCCCCAAGGCGGUUCAAACGAUGGUAACUAUUGGUUGGAUCUUCCCAUGGAGGAUGCAACCAUGGAAAGAGUAAAGAAAGGAGAUUUGCAGAACUCCCAAGUUUAUUUGCAUGUAAAACCAAUGUUAGGAGCAACCUAUUCGGACAUCGCGAUAUGGGUGUUUUACCCCUUUAAUGGACCAGCAAGGGCUAAAGUAGAAUUUAUCAACAUUUCACUAGGAAGGAUUGGUGAACAUGUUGGCGAUUGGGAGCAUGUGACUUUGAGGGUCAGCAACUUUAAUGGAGAAUUACAGAGUAUGUAUUUCUCGGAACAUAGCGGAGGUUCAUGGGUGAAUGCAUCAGACCUAGAGUUUCAAGGUGGGAAUAAACCUUGUACCUAUUCAUCCUUACAUGGUCAUGCCAUGUAUUCAAAACCUGGACUAGUUUUGCAAGGAAAUGGAGGGAUAGGAAUUAGAAAUGACACUGCCAAGAGUAAGAUUCUCAUGGAUACUGGCCUCCAAUUUUCUUUAAUUGCAGCUGAGUACUUGGGUUCUGCUAUUAUUGAGCCGCCAUGGCUCAACUAUUUCAGGGAAUGGGGUCCGAAAAUUAGUUAUGACUUGGCAGAUGAGAUCAAAAAGGUGGAAAAAUUAUUGCCUGGAAAGCUUAAAUCUGCUUUUGAGAAAUUUGUGAAAAGUCUUCCAAAUGAAGUAUUGGGGCAAGAAGGGCCUACGGGUCCUAGGAUGAAAAGGAACUGGACUGAAGACGAGGUCUAAAAUGUUGCUUAUACAAUUAUGCAGGCAUCACUGUUAAAUGCAUGUAAAAUGUCAAUGGGGAUGUUAAAAGUAUUGUUUUAAUCAAUGGAUUGAGAAACUAGUGAUUAAAAGUUAUAAAAUAACUUUGGAAAGGUUCCAUAACAAAAGGAAAUUGAUUUAAGACAAAAAAGAAUUGAGACUUCCAAUAUAGGCAGUUGAAUGCUCAUACAUAUGAUUUGAUUCUGUUUCAAAUUUACAUAAUAAUUG